UCUCACUCACUCCUCCUCCUUCAUCUCCUUCAACCAUGUCCACAACCACUCUCCUCUUCUCUCUCAUCCUCUCAUCUCUUCCACUAUUCAGUUCCACAACCAACAUUCACUCCAACGCCUGCCGGUCCUUCUGCGGCAACAUCACCGUCAACUAUCCUUUCUCCCUCCAGAACGGCUGCGGCCAUCCUGGCUACCGCGACCUUCUGUACUGCAUGAACGAUGUUCUAAUGUUCCACAUCCGAUCCGGAUCCUACAGAGUCUUGGACAUCGAUUACGCUUACGAAUCCCUAACUCUCCACGACCCUCACAUGUCGACCUGCGACACAAUCGUCCUCGGCGGUCGAGGCAACGGCUUCGACGUCGAAGAGUGGCGGUCACCGUACCUAAAUCCGACGUCCGAUAACGCCUUUCUCCUCAUCGGUUGCUCCGCCCAAUCGCCGCUCUUCCAAGGAUUCCCAAACAAGCAUCUCGUCUGUAGAAACAUUUCCGGUAUGAGCUGCGAGGAGUAUUACGACUGUCCGGCGUGGGAUUUACUGGGCCAUCGACAACCCGAUCGGGUUUACGGGUCCGGCCCACCAGAGUGCUGCGCGAUUCCUUUUGGGUCCAUUAAGGCCAUAAAUCUCACGAAGCUCCAGUGUGAAGGCUAUAGCAGUGCUUAUAGUUUGGCCCCGUUGAGAAUUAAUGGGCCUGAUGAGUGGGCCUACGGGAUCCGUGUGAAAUAUUCCGUCCAAGCAAAUGAGGACUUUUGCCGAGCGUGCCAAGCCACCGGCGGCACGUGCGGCUAUGGCACCGAUGGUGAUAGACAGUUGUGCAUGUGUGGGACCACUAAUUCUACCUCUACAUGUGAUUUCCUUAUGAGCUCAUUAUCAACCAGGAUGACGUCAUGGACAAUAAUCAAAUCCAUAUUAGCAGGAAGCUUGAUGCUGAUGCUAGCUUAGACAGAGAAGAGUCAAUUACGAUGUGGGACAUUGCUAGCUAGGCCAAA